UUAGCCUUCACACUUAUUGCGGCUAAUAUUGAAGUACCUAGUGAGUUAACAAAGUCAAAUUAACUACCCGAACAUCCGAUCCAAAGUAGACAGAGUGAAGCUCAAACCCACGAUUUAGUAUUUGGAAACUGAAUACUUUAGUCACUGAACUACUGCUCAUUUUAAUUAUUUAUUACUUGAAUUUCACUUUCGACGUUACAUUGUAAUCACCCCGUAUAUAACAUGAAUUCUUGGAAAAAGAUUUCCCAUCUUGAAGUUUAUUUUAAUGUUAUCUACAUUUUCGUAUUGGACAUUACAUCAAUAUGGAAGUGUUUUAAAAUUAAAAUUAUUAGAAAUCCAUGACUUUAGUGAGCUCUUAAUAGAAGAAUAUCUAGCAGUUAAUCUUAUGUUACCAUCGCGAAUUGAAUUUGUUUUUAAUGUUCCCAAGUAUGAAUGUUUGUUACACCAUUGAUUUUCUUAAAUUAUUCCACACACAGGAGCCACUAUCUGAUCAGAUGUCUUGUUCUAUGGGUCAUCUUGUUAGUAAUGAUGAUGAAAUACAUCCGGAGAAAUUCCCGUCAAUUUCCUCAACUAAGGUUCUUACUCCUAUUGAAGGUUCAAAUGAAACUUUUCGUCAAAGGCAAUCAGACGUUUUUUCUGCACUGGCUAGCCUAGAAGCAGCUCAUCUUGAAGUGUACAAGGCUACAAAAGAAGAACGUAAAGCUGUGCGUAAAGCAGCUUGGCGCCAUACAAUUACUGCCCCAGAAAAUUUAGCAGAGUUGAAAGAACGUCGCGAUCAUGUUCAAACAGCUGGUGGUAAAGAGCAUGGAACAUGUCAGACACAAAAUUCAACUUUUCGGAAACCUAACGCCCUUCCACCAUCAACACAUCGCCGACCAAACUAUGUACAUCGAGAUCCUAGUAAAUGGACACAUUAUAGUUUAGCUGAUGUUAAUGAAGAUCCUGAUGUUAGUAAUAACUCACUCGCUAUGGCUCUAAUAAAUGAACUUCGACAAUCUCGAGACAGCACAGAAACUGUACAAAAUGAUGAGGUCGGCUCAACAAAUCCACGUCAUAACAAUCGCAUAUUGUUUCGUCCAACACGAGGUAGAAAACGAGCUCGUCUCACUGAAGAAAAUCUACAAAAACCUGAAGUGCGUCUAGAGAGUUGUUUUUGCACGCCGGAUACAGAUGAAUCACAAAGUUCCACCGAUGAUUCAGUACCUUCGUCUCAUCGUAGUGAAAGUUCGUGUGCUUCUGUGGCAGUCUUUGUGAGUCGAAGGCACAAAGGUCAGAUACGUAAUCGACAGUUAGAUAACCCAGUAGAUAGUGAUCAUCAAUCAUUUGAUGAUCAACCGGUAAAUACUGUUGUGGUUAACUCAGAUUAUGAUGAUAAAAUUGAUCAAGACCUUGAUAUGGAUUCUGAUGAGUUAGAAGAAGAUCCGGAAGAAGAUAAGACAAAUGACUACUUAGCUUAAUUCGUGACAUGUAUUUAAUUUGUCUUCGUUAUCUUUUGUUUGCAUAAAAACAAUAUUGUAAUUAAACAAAUUAAAUAUAUCUUGUACAGAUUUUUCGUUCAUCAACUUCACAAUGUUGAUCUUUUAUUCACCACAGUAAAAUCAACCAAACAGUUGUUUUGAUCUUUCAAGUAAUGUUUAUCGGUAAUACGAUUACACAACUUCGUGGGAUUUAAGUGUAAUUUGUCAGUGAGUGAAAAGAAACAACCGAG